AACAGAUUUUUAACGAAUUCUUUGCUCAUUUCUCCUUUUUCUCUUUUCACAAAAGGAGCUGGUGGCUGGUCUCCACUUGUGUCAAACAAAUACCAGUGGUUGCAGAUUGACCUUGGAGAGAGAAUGGAGAUCACCGCUGUGGCCACCCAAGGGGGAUAUGGGAGCUCCAACUGGGUGACCAGCUACCUCCUAAUGUUCAGUGACAGUGGCAGGAACUGGAAACAGUAUCGACAAGAGGACAGUAUCUGGGGAUUUUCAGGAAAUGCAAAUGCAGACAGUGUUGUGUACUAUAGACUCCAGCCUUCUAUCAAAGCCAGAUUUCUGCGCUUCAUCCCUUUAGAGUGGAACCCCAGGGGCAGAAUUGGAAUGCGAAUCGAGGUGUUUGGAUGUGCAUAUAGAUCAGAGGUGGUUGAUCUUGAUGGGAAAAGUUGCCUUCUCUACAGAUUUGAUCAAAAAUCCCUGAGCCCAAUAAAGGAUAUAAUUUCUUUGAAAUUUAAAACUAUGCAGAGCGAUGGGAUUCUACUCCACCGGCAAGGGCAAAAUGGAGAUCACAUCACACUGGAAUUAAGAAGAGGAAAACUCUUUUUAGUUAUUAAUUCAGGUGAAGCUAAGCUGCCCUCCACUCACGGCCCGAUCAGUCUCACCCUGGGCAGCCUGCUGGACGACCAGCACUGGCAUUCCGUGCUCAUCCAACGCUUGGGCAAACAAGUCAACUUUACAGUGGAUGAGCACAGACAUCGUUUCCACGCCCAGGGAGAGUUCAGUUACCUACAUCUUGAUUAUGAGAUCAGCUUUGGAGGGAUUCCAGCACCUGGAAAAUCAGCGUCAUUCCCCCAUAAACAUUUUCAUGGGUGUUUAGAAAAUCUCUAUUAUAAUGGAGUGGAUGUUAUUGAUUUGGCCAAGCAACGGAACCCACAGAUCAUCAUUAUGGGAAAUGUGUUGUUUUCUUGUUCAGAACCACAGUCUGUGCCUGUGACUUUUCUGAGCCCCAGGAGUUACUUAGCACUGCCGGGCUCUUCCGGGGAGGACGAAGUUUCUGCCACUUUUCAAUUUCGAACCUGGAAUAAGGAGGGGCUACUGCUAUUCAGUGAGCUUCAGCUGGUUUCAGGGGGUCUCCUCCUCUUUCUUAAUGAUGGAAGACUUAAGGUGAAUCUCUACCAUCCAGGAAAAUUACCCAGUGACAUCACAGCAGGUGUUGGAUUAAAUGAUGGGCAGUGGCAUUCCGUCUCUUUGUCUGCCAAAAGGAGUUACCUGAGCGUGGUGGUGGAUGGCCAAGUGGCUUCUGCAUCUCCUUCCCUGGGGCCUGAGCAGAUUUAUUCAGGGGGCACCUCUUAUUUUGGAGGUUGUCCUGACAACAGCUUUGGAUCCAAAUGUAAAAGUCCACUUGGUGGGUUUCAGGGAUGUAUGAGACUCAUUUCUAUCAAUCACAAGAUGGUAGAUCUGAUUUCAGUUCAGCAGGAGUCCCUUGGGAACUUCAGCGACCUUCAGAUAGACUCAUGUGGAAUCACAGACAGGUGUUUGCCCAACUAUUGUGAACACGGUGGUCAAUGUUCCCAGACCUGGGACACCUUUCACUGCAACUGUACAAACACUGGAUACAGGGGAGCAACUUGCCACAACUCUAUCUAUGAGCAGUCAUGUGAAGCCUAUAAGCAUAGAGGAAAUACUUCAGGAUUUUACUACAUAGAUGCAGAUGGAAGUGGUCCCCUGGAACCAUUUCUUCUAUAUUGCAAUAUGACUGAAACUGCGUGGACCAUCAUCCAGCACAAUGGCUCCGAUGUAACAAGAGUCCGCAGUACCAAUCCAGAGAACCCCUAUGCUGGAUUUUUCGAAUACGUGGCCAGCAUGGAGCAACUGCAGGCCACAGUUAACCGUGCGGAGCACUGUGAACAGGAGCUGACCUACUACUGCAAGAAGUCACGACUUGUAAAUAAGGAAGAUGGAACCCCUCUGAGCUGGUGGGUUGGAAGAACCAAUGAAACACAAACUUACUGGGGAGGUUCUUUACCUGAUCCUCAAAAAUGUACUUGUGGAUUAGAGGGGAACUGCAUUGAUUCUCAGUAUUACUGCAACUGUGAUGCUGACCGGAAUGAAUGGACCAAUGACACUGGAUUCCUUUCUUAUAAAGAACAUCUGCCGGUAACUAAGAUUGUGAUCACAGACACCGGUCGACCACAUUCAGCAGCAGCCUAUAAACUAGGGCCUCUGCUCUGCCAGGGAGACAGGUUAUUUUGGAAUUCAGCUUCCUUCAAUACUGAGGCUUCAUACCUUCAUUUUCCUACUUUCCACGGAGAACUUAGUGCAGACGUGUCUUUCUUUUUUAAGACAACAGCUUCAUCUGGGGUAUUUUUAGAGAACCUGGGGAUUACUGAUUUUAUACGGAUAGAGCUACGCUCUCCUGCAGUCGUGACAUUUUCAUUCGAUGUGGGGAAUGGACCUUUUGAAAUCUCGGUGCAGUCACCCACUCACUUCAGCGACAACCAGUGGCACCACGUUAGGGUUGAGAGGAACACGAAAGAGGCAUCUGUUCAAGUGGAUCAGCUCUCACCAAGGACGCAACCCGCUCCGGCUGAUGGGCAUGUCCUCCUGCAGCUCAACAGUCAGCUCUUUGUGGGUGGAACGGCCACCCGACAGAGGGGCUUUCUGGGAUGCAUUCGGUCUCUGCAGUUGAACGGAAUGGCCCUGGACCUGGAAGAAAGAGCCAAGGUGACUCCGGGAGUGGAGCCGGGCUGCAGAGGGCACUGCAGCAGCUACGGGAAGUUGUGCCACAACGGCGGGAAGUGCAGGGAAAAGCCCAGCGGCUUCUCCUGUGACUGCACCUCCUCUGCAUACGCAGGGCCGUUCUGCUCAGACGAGAUUUCUGCCUAUUUUGGAUCUGGCUCAUCUGUGAUUUACAAUUUUCAAGAAAAUUACUCCCUAAGUAAAAAUUCCAGCUCCCACGCGGCUUCAUUUCACGGUGACAUGAGGCUAAGCAGGGAAACGAUCAAGUUUAGCUUCCGCACCACACGGACCCCGAGCUUGCUGCUCUACGUCAACUCCUUUUAUAAAGAAUACCUUUCAGUUAUCAUUGCCAAAAAUGGAAGUUUGCAGAUCAGGUACAAGCUAAAUAGACAUCAAGAACCCGAUGUUGUUAACUUUGAUUUCAAAAACAUGGCUGAUGGACAGCUUCACCACGUAAAGAUUAACAGGGAAGAAGCAGUGGUCUCUGUGGAGAUUGAUGAGAAAGCGAGGAGACAAGUCCACCUUGCAUCAGGUACAGAACUCAGUGCGGUCAGAUCCCUUGUACUGGGCAGGAUUCUAGAACACAGUGACGUGGACCAGGAGACGGCGCUGGCAGGUGCACAGGGCUUCCUGGGCUGUCUCUCUGCUGUGCAGGUCAGCCACGUGGUCCCGCUGAAGGCCGCUCUGCACCGCAGCCGCCCAGCCCCCAUCACCAUCUCAGGACAUGUGACGGAGUCCAGCUGUGUGGCCCAGGCUGGCACCGAUGCCACAUCAAGGGAGAGGACACACUCCUUUGCAGAUCAUUCUGGAACAAGAGACGACAGAGAACCCGUCACUAACACAAUCAAGAGUGACUCUGCAGUAAUUGGAGGUUUGAUAGCUGUUGUGAUCUUUAUCUUGCUGUGCAUCACUGCCAUAGCUGUCCGCAUUUAUCAGCAGAAAAGGUUAUACAGAAGAAAUGAGGCAAAAAGGUCAGAGAAUGUAGGCAGUGCUGAGGCUGUUUUGAAAAGUGAGCUUAAUACACAAAAUGCAGUCAGUGAAAAUCAGAAAGAGUACUUCUUCUGAUUGGCAGCAGUGAUUUACCUUAUAAUUACAGCAGUCUGAUUUAAUAGCCAGGGGCUCUCAAGGGACAAAAAACAGUUCUUACACUGAAUGUACAGGCAAUGGAUUUGCAGCACUGCCAUGUUGCCAUGUCCAGACUCGAGACAGCUCCAGGAGGCCUCAUCCAGUGACAUACUUCCCACAGUGGUCAUUCUAUAUAACAAGGAGUUUUAGAUAUUGAUAUUAAUUUCCAACUGUUCUGAUACGAUCUAAAACAGAAGUUUAACCCACUUGAGAGCUACAGGUUUUCAAUGUGAAAAGUGUAGCCCUGGCCUCUCAGCCAUAAGUGAUACCUAAGUUGUGUGAGAGGUAAAAGUCAAAAUUGGACUAUAAUGACCUUGCUUUAUUUGAGAACAUAUUCUGUGUUUGCUUUAGUGUCCCCAUGGUGUUAUUCAUAGACCUGGAAAUGCUUCUAAGAUCCUGUUUGGCUGGUGUUUGCAUCUUCAGUGGCCAAAAGUAUAUAAACCCCUUUGCCUUUCUCUGUAUUGCAUUCAAUACAAUUUAUCAGUAGUGUUGAAAUAUGUUUUGUUGUCACUGGUUUGUUUGUAUUGCUCUUUUUCUAUUUGACUCUUCUCAAUGAUUUUGAAAACUUUGGGUUUUGAGUGUCAGGCUCCAGCUCUGAACAUGCAAUUCAUAUGUAACAAGACCUACAAAGUGCAUUGCUCAUCAGUAUGUGAUGUCUUGCCUUUAACACUUUUCUGUUUAACUUGCUCUCACGGUUCGGUAUCAGCAGUAGUUAAGACCCUGGGUAAUGCCAGUUUCCCAAAGAGUGUGAAAUGUUUUCACGUAAACUCGUUGAUAUAAAAAACACAAUUCUUAACACUUCAAAGAAUUGUUUUUAUUUACAACUGUAAUAUCUCAAAUGAAAUAUACUUCCGAGAAUAUUUUCCCCCAAACCUUAUGUCAGUUUUCUUUAUAGGUUUAUAUUUCUAUUUUCCUAAAGUUUAUCACCCACUUUUCUUUGAUCUCCCUUUACUGUAUUCCAUGGAGCAUCUUCUUAUGUAUUAGAAAAAAGAGACAUUUGAAGUGUAGAGCUCCAUUCUUCAUUCUAAACUGUAUCCCCCCGCCCCCAGCUUCAGGCAUAUAUUUUGCUGUGCACUGACAUCCAGGAUGUACUUUUUGAAAUAUAAGCUGCACCAUGCCCCCUUUUUUCAAAUCCAGUAGAGUUAUUCAAGAAUGCUCCUCCGAAGGGGUGAUGGCAUAUUACAUGUCAUAUUCUAAGUCUGUCGUUCUAGUCACUUCUCAUUUACGAUGAUGGGGUAUAUUUCUCAAAAAGAACCAAAAAUCAAUAUAACUUACUAACUAGUUCAUUUUGAUUAGGAGAUAUAUACAUAACAGAAGUUCAAAUAAUUAUCAAUAACUUUAUGAAACUUGCAAUAAUUACCCUUGAGGCCAUGUAAACAAGAUGCUUGCAUGUAGCUAUCUUUGAAUUCCACAAGCCAAUUGUAUAGCAGAGGCACUUUGGAAUUUACACUCACACUUUACAGGUGUCUGCCAAGGAAAAACUGGAUUCCUUAGUUUGUUCACACCAGAACAAUUUGGAAAUAUGUAAAUUAAACAUAUUUUUCUUUAUUUUCCUUCUUGACUCUCCUUACAAAACCUGCCUGUCUUUUCUCACAGCACUAUAUGCAUUUUGAUGUUUCUGUAAAUGCCCGACUAAAUCUCAAGGAUAUGAAUUAACAGUAGUUUAUGAAGGACCUAUAUGGAUAAAUGGCAUUUUUGUUGUUGCUGAAAGGCUUGUGGUAGCUAUCAAAGGAUUGAACAUGAAAAUGGUAGUUUUCAUUUAAUGCAAAGCUGAAUACAGACACUGUAACAGCUCUGAAUCUUUCACACGUGUUCUUGUUAUUUAGUAGCAGCUUUAACCUGGUUGGGAGCUGGAAUGUAAACAGGUUUAUAGAUGGUGAAGCCUCGCAAUACUCUGUGGUCUGCCGGCUAGGAACUUCAACAUUAUAGCAUCAAAACGCACUGAUACAUCAUAUGCCAUGACUUUCAUUCCCUGAUUUGUAAUCUGUUCUUUCUUUUUUCUUAAUAAAAUGCACUUUUGAAGUAAAA